ACAAAAUACCCGGUACAAGUUUUGAACAUUCAUUUUUAGCAAGAUGGCUGCGUCCACGAACAAACGACUUGUUUAUGUCGGUGGAUGUGCAGAAGAAACUGAUGAGAAAAUUCUACACGCAGCAUUCAUUCCUUUUGGUGAAAUUGUCGACAUUCAGAUGCCUUUGGAUUAUGAAACAGAAAAACACAGAGGAUUUGCCUUUGUUGAGUUUGAGAGUGCAGAGGAUGCUGCUCAUGCUAUUGACAACAUGAAUGAGUCAGAAUUGUUUGGAAGGACGAUACGUGUGAACCUUGCCAAACCAAUGAAAAUGAAAGAGGGUGCAUCAAGGGCUGUUUGGUCCGAGGAUUCUUGGCUGCAGCAGCAUGCUGGAGCCACGCUGAAGGAUAAGGAAGGAGAAGGUGAGGACGGAGACGCUGAUGAUGCUGCCACAGAAGACAAGGGAGAGAAGAGGGCAGCCGAGGAGGUACAGGAGAGUGCCUCACCAGCCAAGAAGUCACGGCCCACAAGCAAUCCUCAGGUGUUCUUGGACAUCAAAAUAGGAAACCAGGACACGGGUCGGGUGAUCAUUGAACUGAGAGCGGAUGUGGUUCCGAAGACAGCGGAAAAUUUCAAGUGCCUGUGUACUCAUGAGAAAGGUUUCGGGUACAAGGGUUCAUCCUUCCACAGGAUCAUACCUCAAUUCAUGUGCCAAGGUGGAGAUUUCACCAAAAACAAUGGCACCGGCGGCAAGAGUAUCUAUGGGAACAAAUUUGCAGAUGAAAAUUUCACCUUGAGACAUACUCAGCCAGGAACCCUAUCAAUGGCCAACUCUGGUCCCAACAGCAAUGGAUCUCAGUUCUUCAUAACCACAGACAAGACAGACUGGCUUGAUGAUCGCCAUGUCGUCUUUGGCACAGUGAUUGAAGGCAUGGAUGUGGUUAGGAAAAUGGAGGCUGUCGGAACAAAAGGAGGGAAGCCAACCAAGAAAGUCACCAUUGCAAAUUGUGGAGAACUUGUGUGACAGUCACGUAGCAGUGACUGUCAGUUGUGUGAGAAUGUUGAAAGAGUUUGAAUGGUUUUCAAUCUGAGAGUGUAUGUCAUGAAUGUUAUGCUGAUUUUGAUUGUGGACUUGUCUCUCAUGUUGCUUGGAAAUAACUCUCACAAUGUUGAACUGAGUGUAAUAGCCUCCAAAAAAUAAACAUUUUUAUAACCUGGCUCAAUCA